CUCUGACACACGAAAAGUUCAACGUAACGCAUUUAACUAAAUAUAUCCAGUAAUAAUGACUCCUCAGUCCAGACCUCCGGUUGUUGUUUGAACCGCAGCAUGACUCAGAUCUCACUCAUCUUACUGAUUAUUUCCAAGCAGCAGAACUAAAACCUGCAGCCGACCCGGAGGACGAGCUUUUAAUGUCGGUUAAAAACUGUUAACAUCUCCCGACCGAGCAGACGAGGGCUGAACGAUGAUGUAAAAUACUUGUUUGUAACAUGAAUGCUCCUUUUAUGUGAUGAAGCAGAGGCCGGCUGUGCAACUGAUGGCUGGUUCAGGCUGGAAGCAGCUACGCCAGGCAGCUUUACUGACUGGUUUUCACAACAUAGUCUUCACAUGUUCACAUUGACGUUUCACAUUUCUGGGCCAAAUGAAGAAGAAAAUCUAGAUGAAUUUUACCCUCUGCAGCCCCCGUCUGUGCCUGUAAGAGGACAACAGAAACACCGAAGACGUCCACAGCAGGACGAAGCUCCGUCCCUGCACCGCUUUCUGGUGAAGCAGCAGGCUGAGAACAUUCUGCAGCUGGAGGCUGGACAAGAUCCUGGAGAGGAUCCUGGACAAGAUCCUGGAGAGGAUCCUGGACAAGAUCCUGGAGAGGAUCCUGGACAAGGUCCUGGAGAAGAUCCUGGACAAGAUCUUGGACAAGAUCCUGGAGAGGAUCCUGGACAAGAUCCUGGACAAGAUUCUGGACAGGAUCCUGGAGAGGAUCCUGGACAAGAUCCUGGACACGAUCCUGGAGAGGAUCCUGGAGAAGAUCCUGGAGAGGAUCUGUGGGGAAUAAAAUAAUAUUGACAAAACGACUGAUGGGAGAAUUCCUGUGUCAACCUGUACCCACAUAGCAAAAGUCAUAUGGUCUAGAUCUGAACCGGAUCCCUCCAAAGUUCUGACCCAAAUCCACAUUACAGAUCUGGACCAGCUUCCUUUGGCACAAAUCAGGGCUAGAACUGAACCGGCCCAGGCCAGAUGUGGAGUCUUAAGUUGUGAUUUGGUCUCAGUUAGAGCUCAGAUGCUGGUUCCAGCCCAAGUUUGCCAGAUCAGGGCCAGUUCCAGUCCAGAUGGGUCUGGGUUUGGACCAAACUUGCUGGUUUGAAGUUACAGUCUAACGAGGAAGCUUUAAAAGUAAUUUAACAAGAACCUUCCUUCAGUAUAAAAAUGAUUCAGCUGCCCGUACAGAACUUUCAGGUCCAGAUGCCGAAGGAAAGCCUUCCCGCUCUCCGAUCCGGAUCGGAGUCCGGUCCGGAUCGGAGUCCGGUCCGGAUCGGCUUGCACUCGGCCCUGGUCUGCGAUGAUAAACAGGUGGAUCUCGUUCCAGCUCAGCCGACUCUUUACGGUGUGAGCGUGAGUGAAACCAGGAUCAGCCACAGCUCUCCUCUGCUUCUCAGACUUACUUUCUGUCUGUUUGUGUCUCUUUUGUACAUUUUUCCAUCCUCCUCUGGACCUGAUCUGGACUUGAUUUGCAGCGAUCUGUGAACGAUGCAGUCGGCCAGCAGUUGGUGCUGAUUUUAAUUCAUUUCUGUUAUAAGGAAAAAAUUCAUCCAAAGUGAAGUUAAAACUUGGGUUUAACAUUUUCUUUGUCUUCAGUACGAGUGAUGACGCGCUGAGAGUGAACUUUUAGUCUAAAAAAGCACAUUUUAGUCCCAGUUUGAAGUUAAUCCACCUUAAAUCUGCUCGACAGCUUGCUACUAGAACAGAUGUUAGCAACUCGUGUAAAACUAAAUUUCACUAUGAACAUAGAGAAGAUGCUGCAGCCUGAUCUCCAUCGUCGCCUUUGGACCCGGUUGGUGGAUUGCAGCUGUGGCUGGUUCUGACUGACUGUAGAUUUGUACAGAUGUGAAGAUGUUUGCUGGUUUCCUUCCUGUGCGAUGUCCUCGGAGCUUUAGUGUGUUUGAGCGCCCCCUGCUGUAGACCUGGAUGCUAACCUCUGUGUUGGCUUUGUUAACACUCAGUGGACGUGCAAAUAAAAAACAAGUUAGCCAUGA